AUGAAAUACGUCGCGCUGCUGAGCGGCGGGAAGGACAGCUGCUACAAUCUCUUGCACUGCUACAAGAAUAGUCAUGAGCUUGUAGCCGCUGCCUCUCUGCGUCCCGAGCCAGGAAGAGACCUAGAUGAAAUUGACUCUUACAUGUACCAAACAGUCGGUCAGGAUGCGAUAGAAUACGUCGCAGAAGCUCUCGAUGUCCCGCUUUACCGAAGAGUAAUAUCCGGCUCGGCCGUGGACAUGACCUCGGAAUAUGGGUCCAGGAACGCAAGAAAGAAUGGAGCAUUAGAAGGUGAUGAAACCGAAGACCUUUACAUCCUUUUGUCUACUGUUAAAGAGGCACACCCAGACAUACAGGGAGUAUCCGUCGGGGCUAUUUUGUCCAACUACCAGCGCGUUCGCGUUGAACAUGUGUGCCGCCGUCUAGCUUUGACCCCGCUUUGCUACCUAUGGCAGCGCGACCAGGCAGAGCUUCUCAACGAGAUGAUAGAAGCGGGCCUCGAAGCCGUUAUUAUCAAGGUUGCGGGGAUUGGUUUGACUGCGGACCAUCUGGGCAAGACUCUUUCCCAGAUGUCGGCAACAUUGCUCAAACUAAACUCCUUGUACGGCUCUCAUAUCUGCGGAGAAGGAGGAGAAUAUGAGACUCUUACGCUCGAUUGCCCCCUUUUCAGGCACAAGAUUCGCUUAGUUGAUACGGAGACUGUGGUCCAUUCAGACAGUGACUUUGCUACAGUAGCGUACCUUCGAAUUAGGAGCGCUACUCUCGAGGAGAAAGAAGAGACGACGGUGAGACCGGUCGUCCCGCCGCUGCUGGAGGAAAAUGGCGACGCCCUCCGCGAGGACAUUGGGCAGUCUUUGUGCUCACAACAACAGGUUGCAGAAUUCUUACCAUACGAUCAGGCGGCCGCAGUUCUGUACUAUCCAGGAACUAGAGGCAAGCAGGUUGGCUCAUGGGUCGUUGUCCCGAACGUACACGGCGAUUUAGGGCGUGAACCAUCCGUACCGGUUGAAGACGAAGUUAGACAAUGCUUCCAGAUAAUUGAAGGUUAA